AUGUGGCUCUCAAAUCCGCAAAGCCGGAUCCUAUGUCGUGUUCGGGCUAUCGUUCUGCUCCUGGCCUGUCAGACAUGGACCGUCGCAUCUGCCGCCUGUGCCCCGAAGCCUCUCUCAACCAAGAUACGAAACGUAACACUUUCAAAUCGCCUACAGUCUCGUGGCAUCGCCUUGGCGGUUGGAACUCCCGAGCAGGAGUUUGCCUUCCUCCCUCAAUGGCCUCUCAAUAACACUUUGAUAUACGGCACGAAUGGAUUCUGCAUGCCACCGGCGCCGAAUACGCAAAAUGGCUGCACCGUCUGGCGCGGAGGCCAAUACGACCAACUCGCUUCGGACACCCGCAAGCGCCCAACCAUCGGCGCCUACCCCGACGACAACGCGCCGUAUCCAAGCAUGAACUUCAUCUCCGACACGCUGAAGCUCACCACCAACGUUAGUCUCGACGACUUUCCCAUGGGCAUCGCCCGAAGUGACUGGGGCCAGGAGGGCUACCACCCCAUGAUGGCCGUCGGGCUGGGGUCGAACUCCACCUUACUUAACACCCUCAAGGCCGCGGGCAAGAUCGCCUCGCGUUCGUGGAGCAUGUUCUACGGCCUAACAGGAGCCGAUGCCAACGCGCAGUUGGACGGGAGCUUCAUCCUCGGGGGCUACGAUCGGGCCAAAGUUAAAGGUGGGGGCUAUACUGAGCGACUCUCCACGAACCCCAAUUGCCGGUCGCAGAUCCUCGUCACAAUCACGGAUAUCUCACUCAACUUCCCCAACGGUACGGACGCUAGCCUGUUCCCGAAGGGGCUCUCCAGCUCCAUCCCCGCUUGCUUGGUGCCCGAUUACCCUGCUCUCAUGAAGAUGCCGCGCAAGCCGUGUUUCGACAACUUUGAGCGGCUCACCAAUGUCACGCUGUCGAAGAGAAGUUGGGGUGUGGCCUACUCUAGCAUGUUGUACUGCAAGGGUGACGAGCCGUAUAGGGGGGACUUGACUUUUACGCUACAGUCAGGUCUCUCGAUCCGUAUUCCGAAUGACCAGCUUGUCGUCCCGGAACUCACCAUUGACUGCGAUACGGGCGCGCUGCACCGGAAUAGCUCGGCACAGAACCUCGUCAUACUACCUCCGCAGGACGACAACGAAAACGACAUCAGCCAGCUUGGGAGGCAGUUCCUCUCUUCGGCCUACGUCAUGGCCAACCUCGACGCGGGAGAAUUCACGAUUUGGGAAUCGAAUCCAACUUCCAACGAGGACCUCGUGGCCAUAGAUACCAACGGCACUGAGGUCUCGGACUUUUGCGCCGCGACAACGCCAGACCCUGCUUCUGGCGAAACUAGUCCCGACUCUGCUUCUAGCGAAGGGAGUGUCGAGCAGAAGGACGGGAGUAAGUCUAUGACGCCAGUAAUUAUAGCGGGCAUUGCCGUCAGCGGUUUCGUAUUCCUGGCUGGCGUGGGAGCCGCCCUCUUUUGUCUCUUGCGUCACUGGAAGCGACGGAGACGGAGAGAGCGUGCCGCUGCGGUGGACUCAUCACCAUCACCGCCGCCGGAAUAUUCCAAGAAGCCGGACAAUACUCGGCAUGAAAAGCAGGAGCGUGAGAUGGCGCCGAGUAAGGUGAAUUCGAGGGUGAUGGGUCCGAGUCGGGGGAAGCCGAGUAAUGCUGGGACGUGUGAAUUGGGCGUUGAGAAAUGGGAGACUACGAAGUAUUACAUAAGAUCGUGA